UUCUGCCAUCUUAAACAAAGGCUACAAAGUUUCGGCAUCGCAUGCAAUGCCAGGAUCGGUGAAAACAGAUGCACCUAUGAAUGUAAUUUGGGACAUAUUUCGAUCAUGGAUACAGCUUCAUCCGGUUACCAUGAAAAAUAUUAAAGAGAAUUCCCCUGCUAGAAAGAUAUUAGCCGUUGAACCGAGUUUUAUUGCAGAUUUUACUAUCCAUCCAAACGCUGAGCCAGCCUCACGCAAAAUAAAGUUAGUCAGAUAUCAACAGAAUCCUGAGAA